ACGCACACAUGUUUGCAUUACAGAAUCUGAAAGACGCAAUUACACACUGCGAAAAUUGUUGAUGUCAAAAGGAUUUAUGUUGUUUGCAUAAGUACGCGUUUGGUAAAGACAAGCAUAUAUUUUGAGGUAGUAUCCAUUAAUAGCAAGAAAAAAUCGACCACAAUCAACAUCAUCCAAAAAAAUGGAACAACUUCGGCCAAGCUAUUUGAAAUUAUUGACACAAACGCUGAAAGAAAAUGUGAAAAAGACUUCCGAAUUGGAUUUGAACGAUAUGGCUUUAACACAUUUUGGAAUGAAUGUUGAAGAACGUUGCUUUAACAAAAAUCGUAAUGUGGCUUCGUAUUCAAGGGCAAUAACAGCAUCCCGUUUGGAAAUCGAACGAUAUACAUCAAGAAAUAUACUCUUUCCGAUGAUCGAUAAUGCAAUGAAGGUAGAAAGGGCUACUUUGACGGACAAACGCAAUGAUUCAAAUCAAGUUCAAUGCACAUACACAUCGGACCAAAUUAACGUGCAAAAACGUUCUAUUAACUCUGGUGUGACUGAUGCUGCCGACGAACCGGUAAAACGACCAAAAUACGAAGUAGACUGUGAUGUUGUUGUUAUAGAUUCUGACGAUUCUGACGCUGAAUGCGUCCCAUCCGACGAACAAAACAACGACAUAGAACAUUCCGAUGACGAUCAACUCAUCAUCAACAUCAAUAACAACAUGAAAAAAGACAUUUUGAUGACUAUUCAAACAUCAUGCACUGACUCCAAAGAAAAAAACUGAACACAACUCAAUUGUCGACAACCCGUUGUACUGAAAUGAUAGACUUCAAAAAAGAAAACAAAAUCUAAAUAUAUAUAUACAUUAUAAUAAAUUAAAAUGUAGAAUUAUCAUGAAUAAAGAAUAAAGAC